CAUAUCUGACAAGUACGGAGAUCAUCCCCAUCCUAGGGAGAGAGAUAGCAGAACCGUAGUAGAGGGGGAGGCAAGAAGCUGCAUUUUACCGUGAGAGGAUACUGUCAAAAUAUAAUAAAUGAAGGUGCACACAAAAAUCAAAUAAUCGUCGGCGCAAAUCAUUAUAACAACCAGAGAAAAACGUAGAACAGAAGAAAGACGUUUUGCAAGGGGUUUUCCGAUUGUUUCAGCACACACUGACAAAGAAUACGCUAUUUUACAAAGAUGGGUAACCGAGGGAUGGAAGAUCUAAUUCCCCUGGUAAAUAAACUCCAGGAUGCCUUUUCUGCAAUCGGACAAAACGCCAAUCUGGAUCUCCCCCAGAUUGCGGUGGUUGGGGGUCAAAGUGCUGGCAAAAGCUCCGUCCUGGAGAACUUCGUUGGGAAGGACUUCCUUCCCCGUGGAUCUGGCAUCGUCACCCGACGUCCUCUUGUUCUGCAGCUCAUUAACUGUCCCACAGAAUAUGCGGAGUUCCUGCACUGUAAAGGGAAGAAGUUUGUUGAUUUUGAGGAGGUCCGGAUGGAGAUUGAGGCCGAGACUGACCGCAUCACUGGGAGCAACAAAGGGAUCUCCUCCAUCCCCAUCAAUCUGCGGGUCUCCUCACCCCAUGUCCUGAACUUGACCCUAGUGGAUCUCCCUGGGAUGACGAAGGUGCCGGUGGGCGACCAGCCGGCCGACAUUGAGCACCAGAUCAGGGAUAUGAUCAUGCAGUUCGUCACCAAGGAAAACUGCCUCUGCCUCGCUGUGUCUCCCGCCAACUCGGAUCUUGCCAACUCGGAUGCUCUCAAGAUUGCCAAAGAAGUUGACCCACAAGGUCAGCGCACCAUUGGUGUCAUCACCAAACUGGAUCUGAUGGACGAGGGCACAGACGCUCGAGACAUCCUGGAGAACAAGCUGCUCCCACUGCGAAGAGGGUACAUCGGCGUGGUGAACCGCAGUCAGAAGGACAUUGAUGGGAGGAAGGAUAUCCAGGCGGCACUGUCAGCGGAAAGGAAGUUCUUCCUGUCCCACCCAAGUUACCGACACAUGGCCGAUCGCAUGGGCACCCCUUAUCUGCAGAAAGUGCUCAACCAGCAACUGACCAAUCAUAUCCGGGACACGCUGCCCGCGCUGCGCAACAAGCUGCAGAGUCAGCUGCUGUCCAUCGAGAAGGAAGUGGAGGAGUACAAGAACUUCCUCCCAGACGACCCCUCGCGCAAGACCAAGGCACUGCUGCAGAUGGUGCAGCAGUUUGCGGUGGAUUUUGAGAAGAGAAUCGAGGGAUCAGGAGAUCAGAUCGACACCUAUGAGCUUUCAGGGGGAGCCCGGAUCAACCGCAUCUUCCAUGAGCGAUUCCCCUUUGAGCUGGUCAAGAUGGAGUUUAAUGAGAAGGAGCUGCGCAGGGAGAUCAGCUACGCCAUUAAGAACAUCCACGGUAUCAGAACCGGCCUCUUCACUCCAGACAUGGCCUUUGAGACCAUUGUGAAAAAACAGAUUAAGAAGAUAAAAGAGCCUUGCCAGAAAUGUGUGGACAUGGUCAUUUCUGAGCUAGUCGAUACCGUUAGGCAGUGUACCAAGAAGCUGGGGCAGUACCCCCACCUUCGAGAAGAGAUGGAGCGCAUUGUCACCACGCACAUCCGAGACCGCGAGAGCAGAACCAAAAACCAGGUGAUGUUGCUGAUAGAUAUUGAACUGGCUUACAUGAACACAAACCAUGAGGAUUUCAUUGGAUUUGCCAAUGCCCAACAGAGGAGCAGCCAGAUGAGCAAGAAGAAGGCAGCCGGCAAUCAGGAUGAAAUCAUGGUGAUCAGGAAAGGCUGGCUUACCAUCAACAACAUUGGCAUCAUGAAGGGAGGUGCCAAGGAGUACUGGUUUGUGCUGACGGCCGAGACUCUAUCCUGGUACAAGGAUGAUGAGGAGAAAGAGAAGAAGUACAUGCUCCCUGUGGAUAACCUGAAGCUGAGAGAUGUUGAGAAGGGAUUCAUGUCCAGCAAGCACAUCUUUGCUCUCUUCAACACGGAGCAGAGGAACGUGUACAAGGACUACCGGCAGCUGGAGCUGGCCUGCGAGACCCAGGAGGACAUCGACAGCUGGAAGGCCUCGUUCCUUCGCGCCGGGGUCUAUCCAGAGCGCAUCACGGAUAAGGAUAAACAAACCGAGUCGGAGGAGAAUGACUCGGACAGCUUCAUGCACUCCAUGGACCCCCAGCUGGAGCGCCAGGUCGAGACCAUCCGCAACCUGGUGGACUCCUACAUGGGCAUUGUGAACAAGACCGUACGGGACCUCAUGCCCAAGACCAUCAUGCACCUCAUGAUCAACAGUACCAAGGAGUUUAUCCACGCUGAGCUGCUGGCUUCCCUGUAUUCCUGCGGAGACCAGAACACUCUGAUGGAGGAGUCAGCCGAGCAGGCCCAGCACCGUGACGAGAUGCUGCGCAUGUACCACGCUCUGCGGGAGGCGCUGAGCAUCAUUGGGGAUAUCAACACCACCACCACCAGCACCCCCACACCCCCGCCCGUCGACGACUCCUGGCUGCAGGUGCAGUCGCAGCAGUCUGGCAGGAGGUCUCCCGCCUCCAGCCCCACUCCACAGAGGAGAGCCCCAGCAGUGCCCCCUACCCGGGCUGGCUCCAGAGGCCCUGCCCCCGGACCACCCCCCGCGGGGGUCCCACCUGUCCCCUCCCGCCCCGGAGCGUCCCCUGACCCCUUUGGUGGCCCCCCUCCUCAAGUCCCCUCACGACCCAACCGGGCUCCCCCCGGCGUCCCUAGAAUUAUUAUCCGUGACCCAUGAGGACUAACGCUAAUGCCGGAGGGCCCCUGCAUCACCUACCCAACCCACAGUUUCCCGGACAACAGAGCCCCCCCUCUUAGACCUCUAACUGCUGGCAUCCGCCUGUCCCCUAUGGGCUGCAAUAGAUGCCCUUAGCCCUACGCCCUGACUGUGAUGUGCAGUUCAACCCACCUCCCCUUUCCCCAGCACACACAAACGAACAAGUGUGAUACAUUCCCAUCUAGUGUAGAGUAGAUAGUGUUUACAGUGUGUCUCCUGAUACAGUCUAGUAUUUGUAUUUUGUAGAGUAGAUUAAAUGACUCCUAUCUAAUGAAAAAAGUGUAGUGUGAAUUACAUCCAGACUAUAUCUAUAUCUAUAUAUAUUAUAUAAUGAUGCAUCUUUAUGUGUCUAUAAUUCCAAGGGCACCUACUCUGUCUGUAUGCCCACAGGCGAGCUGUGAUGAAGGUCCAGUUAGGUCAGUAUGUCCACACAUGGACUGGGCAUAUCGAGUGGAAUGUUACUCAAGCUCGUGUCGGAGUAGAUAGCUUUUCAGAACGACUGUGUCAACAACUGAAAAACAAAAUGCUAAAUAAAUACACUUAAAAAUGUAACUCAUUCUGUGUUUGUAUUGUCCAGUUUUAAAAGCAACAAAUUGUGUACUGUAUAUCGUUCUCUUGGGAAUUGUGCAAUUAAGUUGUGUGUGAGGGUGUACUCACUCUUUACAGCUAUCUGUGUGACAGACUUUUACCCCAGCAAGCUUAGCCACUCUUCCCCACUUGCCUGGCUCAUUUAUUGAAGUUUAAAGUAAAUGCAGACUCUGCAUGCUUGCAUUUGAGAGUAAUGGCUGACAGUAAUUUCAUUCUCUAGCUCUACAACCAAGCUUAAACUCAAUUGUGUUCUAUCCCUUUAGAAUCUGUUUUUGUUUUUAUCUUAAUCUCUUUGUUUUCCCAACCCAAAGAUGCAGUGUUUCCUUUAUAUAAUAAUAAUAAUAAUAAUAAUAAUAAUAAUAAUAAUCUUUAUUUUUAAUAUAGCGCCUUUCAUGAUAAAAAUUGCCGCAAAACGCUUCACAUGAAUAAAACAUUGACAAAUAUUAAUAAAAGAAUGCAAGAAGAACGACAAAAACAAAAGAAACACAUAGAACAAUAAAACAAGGCAGAGAAUAAAAGGAGCAUCAUUUUAGCAUAAAAACGCUCCAUUAUAAAAGUGUGUUUUUAAUCUUGAUUUAAAAGCAGUGACACUUGGUGCUUCCCUUACAGAGCUAGGCAGAUCAUUCCACAGUUUUGGAGCCCUAUAACUGAAUGCUCUCCCACCUGUGUUUUUUGUGGGACAGAAGCAACCUGGCAUUCUGUGAUCUGAGUGGGCAUCUAGGAAUAUAUUUAAAUACGAUGGUGCAAGGUCAUUUAAUGCCUUAUACAUUAAAAGCAACACCUUAAAAUCUAUCGUGAAUCCAUCAAGGAGUAAAUCCGACGUAUUACCUUGUUGCUUCUGAGAUCCCAAAAUAAUCACUUCUGUUUUAUCUGAGUUCAGCAUUAAAAAGUUUUCUUCAUGUCAGCAAGACAGGUACUCAAAAUAUUUAGAGCUGAGGUGUCACCCUGUUUCAAGGAUAAAUAUAGCUGUGUAUCAUCAGUGUAACAAUGAGAAUGAGCCCCAUAGCAACGAAUGAUAUUACACAGGCAGCAUAUACAAAGAGAACAGAGUUGGGCUCUGUGGGACCCUGCAUGUAACCUUUGACAAAAAGAGGUCUCCUCUAUUUUAACAAAUUGCAACCUGUUCGAGAGAUAGGAUCGAAACCAAGACAGAACACAACCUGACAGUCCUACUAGAUUUUCAAGAACUGCAGGAAAUUUGUUAAGUUGCUUGGCAACUACACUUUCUAAAACUGUAGACUGAAAUGGAAGAUUUGAAAUAGAGCUGUAGUUAUUAAGAACAUUGUGAUCUAAGGAAGAUUUCUUGAGCAGUGGUUAUACUCGUGCAGUCUUGAAAGAGUUAGGAACAAUACUUGAUAAAAGGGAGCUAUUAACAAUAUUUAAUGCCUUGUUAUUUAUUUUGGAGAAUAUUUCUUUAAAAAGUGGAGUAGGGAUAGAAUCUAACACACAUGUAGUGGAUUUCAUCUUCUUAACUAUUAGCCAGAUCCAUUUGACUAGUCGAACAAAAAUGCUCGAACAUGUGGAUUGCUGUCAGGCAGUAGCAUAGUUUGAUGACACAUCUAAAUUUGAUACGCGGUUGAAUAUCUGAUUCCUAAUGUCAUAAACAGAUAUGGGCAAAAGUUUAUUUUUUCUUCUUAAUGUCGAAUGAAACUUGCUGAAUAAUGUCACCUUAACAUUUAAUUACAUACCGCUUUUUGUAGUUUUCAGUAUACUUAAUGAAAAACUGACAAAUUGAAAAAUGUGACAUUUUGAACUCUAACAUGAAAUACUGUACUAUUAUCAUGGCUUCCGGUUGACUUUUGCAAUAUCAUUUUGUAGUUUCUUUGAUUACAUGAUCUUAAAUAAAAGAUCUAAAUAUGUUCAUAUAAUUUUUUUUUUUUUAAUUAUGGCCAUAGUGAGAGAAAGAGAAAUAGAUACACAACCUCCAAUUGGAAACAUGGCAGGUAGCAUCUCUACUGCGAAUUACAGAAUUAUGGUGGUGUUCUUCUACCCAGCAGUAUCUGUGAAUAAUGUUUACUCAUUUUGAUAACCCAGCUUUAUAAGCUUCAGCACAAAUGUGCACAUCCUCUCCAUCACUUGCAACUAUACAUAUACAUGAACAGGCUUUAUUUUUUCUUCCAAACCAUGUUUUGGAAUAGUGAAUAGUAAAAUGUGUCUUUUUCACACCCUAGACUACCUAACUGACUUAUACAGGAAUAGAGUACAGAUAUAAGUAUUGGUACUGUAUAUUAGAUAGAUGAGUUUACUUGUCCUCUGUUUUAAGUGGAGUUAUCUUUCCUAUACUACUAGAGCGCUACUGAAGUUUUUGGUUCUCUUUUCUACACCUGUAUACAGCUCUGCAGUGUUAAAGACGUAUGGCUGAUUUCACAGACCUUGAUCAGCACUAAUCUUGCACUACCUAUUGUAAUGUCAACUUAGGUAAGCCUGUCCGAGAUGCUUAUCAGGAUCUGUGAACCAGCCAUACUUUUUCUGAAUUGCAGUUGAUAUUUAGUUAAAAUGAGCACUCUAAAGUUAAACAAGCAAUAAUUCUACACACAGCCCAAUACGACCAGUUAAACCAGUGGCUUCAAGUCCCGACAGUUCUGGAUGUGUCCUUUGGACUGCUAUGUGGGAUAUAAGCAAAAGGAAUACUGCAUCUUUGUAUUUUAUAACAAUCCUUUGUUAUGCCCUGUCCUUAAUUCACAUACCAGCAAAUUAAACUAAAUCACCCCAAUGGCACUAACUUAUACCCUUUGUAAAGACACUACCAACCAAAAACAGACAAAUCCAGUUGCUUGUGUAGCCAAACCGACGAAGGGUUAGAAAAAGUGGUCUAGGGGCUCCCGAGUGGCGCAUCCCGUACAGGCAGUCCACCCGGAGUGCAUGAUGCGCCCUAUAGUUUGGAGAGCGCCAGUUCGAUGCAGGCUAUGCCACAUGGCCGGGAGUUCCCAGUGGGCGGCGCACAAUUGGCCAAGCACUGCCUAGGCGGGGAGGGUUAGGUCGGCUGGGGAAUCCUUGGCUCACCAUGCAUCAGCGACCCCUGUGACUGGCCAGGCGCCUGCAGGCACCCUCUAAAAAAGUCUCUACAGAGAUAUUUAAUACAUUGAAAAUGUCUGCUGGCAGUGCUGAUAUUAAGGACACUUGUUUUUUAUUUCUUUUUUUGCACCAAAUGUCUUUAUUUCUUCCUGCUUCUCUUUUACUGUUCUUUUUUCUCUUUUUUCUUUUCUCCUUUCCUCGUUUUUUUUCUUGUUUCCAGUCGACCGAGCAAGGGCAGCCCAUCCCGCCCAGAGAGCCCCCUGCCUCCACUUGAGUCUUAAUGCAGCUCCGCCCCCCCGCCCUGUCUCUCUCUCUGCCUCUGUCUCUCCAUGCAGAAAGGGGGCGGCACCACCAACUACCAGCCUAGCGGAGUGCUUUCAGUUCACCCUGCGACUUAUCCUGGGUCCUUUUCAGUGAUGCACCAGCCCUUGACACAUUUCUAAAUAAAACGUAGUUAGAAAAAAAAAAAAACAUGCUGAAGCUUCAAGCUGGACACCACUGACAAGGAAGCGAUUUCUUUCACCACACAGGAAAUGUAAUUUUGGACGGCAGGACUGUGUUAUAUGUGUAGGUGCUGGGAUCUGUUUUGUGGAAGUGUUGUACAUUUAUAACAAUUUAUGUAACCUUAUCAUACUGUCUCUUAAUACUGUAUCAUUGCCUUUGCACAAAGAGACCCCACAGGUCAAUCUUAAAACUGAUUUAACCCUAUGUGUGUGAUCCAAACCAGCCGAUCAACAAAUCAGCUGCAUUCCUCCUGUUAGGAGAAUGGUAGACUGAAUGAAAUACCAGAUUUAAAUCAAAUGCACAAUAUAUAUCUAGAUCAUCAAAUCUAGAAUCUAGCAGUCUAACAAAGGGUUAAGGUGAUGGUAUGGUAGGCUUGGGCAAUACUAACUGUACAAGGUUUUUAUUCAGCUGCUUUCGUGGCAUGGCUGUCAAAUGCUUGGGGACCAUUUUAAUCUCCCAGUGUGAUGUUCUCUGAAAACCGUAUGAUUCAAUGUUCACAGAGGCAGAAAGAUUUUAAGAUUAAGUAUGUAAAAUACAAGAAACUUUUAAUCCAUUUUCUUUAGCAGCGUUAAUUAAAUUAGAAAUGAAAUGCUUGGUUAUCGCUAAACAACCACAUGAUAUCCGUCAAAUGUGGCUUUGAUUUUAAAACAAACUACAGUACUAUCAUUAGACGGCACAAGAAGGUAAUACUAAGUGUUAUUAUUAAAGAAAGAAGCCACAAUGAUUGGUAAUGGCUUUAAAGGUUUUUUGCACUAACCUUCAAAAAGCAUGGUUUAUUAUUAUUUUAAAUGCAUUUAAAAAACAGCACACUCCCAGCCCCUCACAAUGUGGGAUUUUCACCACCUGACGUACCUUAGUCUGACCUAUCGUAGUGGGUACAAACAGGAGCUCAAAGGACAGCAUGGGCCAUCCGGUGGGAACAUCCUAAAUCACACUGGAAUAUCAACAGCCUCAGCCAAGAACACUUUUACUAAUGCCUCAAAUAGAUAUCAGCUAUCAGCCAUAAACAUCUGCAAACAUAUAAUACCUUGCCUUCAUAUAAAGCAUUUGGUCCUCAUUUAAAAAAAAAAAUAAAUAACAACACUCUCCCUUCCCGUAAAGUGUCAUGAACUAUGUGAAAUACUGUUAACAAAUAAGCCCUCAAAUUAUCACUGCACAAUCUCUCACGUUUGAAGGUUUAAAUGAUCACUACUGGAGUUUUGACUUGGCCCCUAAAGUUUAUGAGUUGAACAAACCAGCAUGUCUUGUUAACUGUUGUACCCAUGUACCCUAUUCCCCUUCCAAAUGUAGAAACAACGUAAACGUAUUUUAACAAGGACAGAUCUUAAUUGUGUUACCUAUCUUUGUGGUGCAUUUAUGGGCAUUGUGCUUCCAUUGUUUAGAGUUUAGUAAUAUAUAAGAAUAAUGAUCAUAAUGAAGUGAUUGUGUUGAAUUAAAUAAAAAACAGAAUAAAAAACUACACGUUAUAUAAAAUGUGGGAUGACUUUUUAUUCUGGGUAUUGUAACUAUUGUUUCUGAUGAACUGCAGAGAUGUAAGGAGUUCGGAUUUCUGCUUAACGAAAGUGAAUUUGUGCUUCUCUGGUGCAGAAUGUGUACUGUGUCUUAUUGCUGCUAAUUAAAUGAUGUCUGUAAAACACGGAA